AAAUUCCCUAAAACAUCAAACAUCCCAGUUUCCUCACAUCUCUUCAUGCUCCGCAAUAUCCCUCUAUAUUUCCCACUCUAUAUAUGAUCACCAACCCGCAAAUCGUCCUAUACCCUCUUAUGCGUUACACACGGCGGGAAUUCCGGCUGUUCACCCAACCUGCGCAAAGCGAGUCUGAUCUCUCACAAAACGUGCACUACAAACUCUCCCCAAAAGAUGGCAGCAGUUCCCGGCACGUAGCUUCCGCACGUGUAUUGAUUAUCAUAGGUGGAGGUAACAUCGGCGGGAGAAUCAAUAUUACUUUUCACCGGCGUUCUCUCAUUUUCAUCGUGAAAUUUUUUGUGAACGACGCGCAUAGUUUCCCUCGACAUCGUUUAGACCUCUAUAAUGUGCCACUGUUAACAGUCCGAUCAGUGCAACACCGAGCUACGAUGUAGCAUCGUUUCGAGUGCGAGGAUCGUUUUUUUCCGCUUCAGCUAAGAUUUCUUUUCAUCGCUUUACCUAUAAUCGCAACUAUAUUUAAGUUACACCUACAACGAGUGCUAUUCCGCAAUAUCUGCAACGAAGGAAACGUCAAAACAAAGGCAGACUACAGCCUACAAAAAUUCAUAGAGUGAAUUGAUAACAGAGGUGUAUCAGCUGAUCGAAAUUGCUGGAGGUGAAACAGUUGGAGAAUUAUCGAAAGUUUGAUAUUGCGCUCAGUUAUCGAGGUCGGAUUAUAAAGAACAGUCAAGGACUCAGGUUACGAGUCAUCAAGGACAUCAAGAUAUAGAGGACGGUCGAGGACAGUUGUCGAGGACGUCAAAUCGCAGAGGACAGUUGCUGAGAACAGUCAGAGAUUAUAAAGCACAGUUAUUGAGGAUAUUUCUGAAGGACAUUCGCAUAGUCGUGAAGGGAGAAAAGUUUGAACAGCUCUGAAGCUCAGAGCUGACUUCAGUAAUUUUCACAAGCUUUCUAUGCGGCAAGAAUCACAGAACGGUCUGAAGAUCAGGCCACCAGGCGACCACGGCGGUGUCCAUUACGGCGGAUACAUGUUCGAAGAAGACAUGGCUGGCGCCCAGGACACGAUAUACCUGUGCAAUUUUCGGGUGUCCGUAGACGGCGAAUGGCUGUGUCUGAAGGAGCUUCAGGACGUUGAUUUCUCGUUGCAAGACUCUAUGCAACGAUCCCUAUCGCCACCGUUAGCUCUCAGCGGUAUUGACCAUCAACAUCAUCAUCAUGAUCACCAGCGUCAGCAUCAGCUUCCUAAUCAGCGAGAGCUUCGCGAUAUAUUGCCGCCAAGUCCACCACCAUUGCAGCACGUCUCUCGCUUGUCACGGGAUCCAGUAAUCAUCGAACGAAGUAACCUCGUUAACAUUUCGAAAUUAAUCGUGAAAGAAUUGAUCGAAACGUCAUUGAAAUAUGGUCGCAUGCUCGAUUCCGAUCAUAUGCCGUUGCAACAUUUCUUUAUCGUUCUCGAACACGUGCUGAGGCACGGUUUGCGGCCCAAAAAGGGCAUCCUCGGACCUAAAAAAGAGCUUUGGGAUAUACUUCAACUCGUUGAAAAAUAUUGUCCUGAAGCGCAGGACAUUACGUCCAGUAUUCGUGAUCUACCUACAGUUAGGACGGCAAUGGGUAGGGCACGAGCAUGGUUGCGUAUGGCAUUAAUGCAAAAAAAGCUGGCCGAUUAUUUGAAAGUGCUGAUUGAUCAUAAGGAAGACAUAUUGUCGGAGUAUUUUGAGCCAGACGCUUUAAUGAUGAGCGAGGAGGCGAUUGUUAUAAUGGGUUUGUUGGUGGGUCUGAAUGUGAUCGACUGUAAUCUCUGCGUGAAGGAAGAAGAUCUCGAUUGUCAACAAGGUGUGAUCGACUUUUCGAUAUACCUGCGAAAUAGUAAUCACAUACCUGGUGAAUCUCCGGACGAUGAGCUCGAAAAUGACAACAUGACCACGGUUCUGGAUCAGAAGAAUUAUAUCGAAGAACUGAACCGACACUUGAAUGCCACUGUAACGAACCUCCAAGCCAAAGUAGAAUCCCUGACAACGACAAACACUCUCAUGAAGGAAGAUCUCGCUAUCGCCAAAAAGAACAUUCUGUCUCUUCGCCAAGAGAACUGGCAACUGAAAAAGGAGCUCGAAAUUGAGAUCAAAGACACGUACGAGAACGAGAAACCACCUAUUAACAUUACGGAAACAACGGCAGAGAUCGAAGAACUGAGGAGCAGGUUGGAGACCGAAAAGAAACUGCGACAGGACGUGGAAAAAGAGUUAGAAUUACAGAUUAGUAUGAAGUCCGAAAUGGAGGUGGCCAUGAAACUGUUGGAGAAAGACAUUCACGAGAAACAAGACACGAUCAUAUCGCUGCGACGACAGCUGGAUGAGAUCAAGUUGAUUAACUUGGAAAUGUACAAAAAGUUGCAGGAGUGUGAAGGCUCGCUUAAGCAUAAAACUGAACUGAUCACUAAAUUGGAGGCUAAGACAUUGUCGAUGACCGAGACCAUCCAAAAAAUGGAUGAAAAGUGCAAGGAAAUGGAUGGCGUGAGGUCAGGGGCGGAAGAAAGAGUGAGAAUUUUGGGAGUCGAAGUUGCCGAGAGAGAAGCAAGAGCGAAUGGAGUCGAAAGAGAAUUGCGCCUCGAACGUGAAUGGAGAACCUCUCUGCAGGAAGCAUCGAUCUCUAACGCGGAGAAGAUCGCUCAAUUACAUCAGGAAAUUGAUCAGUUACGGCGAGUGUCCGAGAAAUAUCUAACACUGCAGGAGGAGCAUUACGCGUUGAAGGAGAUCUGCAACGAACAAGAACGAACUCUGGAGGAACUCGGUGGGCAACUGAGCACAGCUAAACUGGCAGCCGUCGAAUUACGCGAGGCCGCUGACAACGCUCAACAGCAGCAUCAACAGCACCAGCAACAGCAGCAGCAAGAUGGAGCAGCAACGUGGGCGAACGAUCGGCUGGUCACCCAUUGCAAAAGCUGCAACCGUGAGUUCAACAUCACUCGUCGCAAGCAUCACUGUCGAAAUUGCGGCAAGAUUUUCUGUAACGCUUGCAGUGACAAUACUACAGCUCUGUCAACUUCAACGAAACCUGUUCGCGUCUGUGAUGAAUGUUACGUGUUCCUGGUCGGCCGAUAUUCCACAGCACGCUAACACAGGCUCCCGCUCGCACAUAGCGUGACAUUCUGAUCAUAAAUGUUAACCGAUGUGCAAAAACGGAGGGAAGAAACGGAAAAACGGAUCUGAUCUGCACAUAUGUACACACAUCGUGUUUUUUGGAGAUCAUUUUUCUCGAUGGACUAUAUUCGAAACGUUUUAUUUUCUAUUUGACGAAGGCUGUCUUGAAGAGAUAUCUUGUAUUACGCUGAAUUUAUAUUGUUGCGAUUAUUCAUAUUUUUUUGCACUUUACGUGGUGGCGAAUCUUUUGUAGAUUUAUUUUUAUGAAUUUUGUACUCGAGAAAAAUUUUAUUCGGAUGAUUUUAGAAAUGUGAUGAUGAAGUUAUGAGUUCGUGUAAGAGAUUAGUAGUAGUUUGUUAUGAGAUUUGUGUUGUUUUUGGAUAGAAAAUAUGUAGGUAUUUUUAUUAGGGUAACUAUUUGUAUUUUUCAGGUUUGUCACUUUUGGUAAUUGCACAAACGAACACUUGUGGAACGAUCAGUUAACGAGAUACGCACUUACUAACAUUAUAGAACUAUUUGUUAUACUAGCGGUAUAGAAUUAUUAAUUUGAGGGAUAAAAUAUUAUUUGUUGACUUGAUUAAGGGAGUGGUGUUAAAUAAUUUUUUAGCACAUGUUGUCGAGUUAAAAUUGUUUCGUACAUGGCAUAGGUUCGCCACCACUGUAAUUUUUAUCGAUGAGUACUGUUUACGAACAUAAAUUCCACGAAUUAACAAAAAAUUAUAAAGGAGAUGUAUAUUAUUUGUGAGUCAAAAGCCCUGAGAAACUUACGAAUAACAAAUUACUAAAUAAAGUGUUUUAACUUUCUAGAGGCUGCAAAAAUAGCUUUCUUAUAUUUCAAUUUCCGACAAGUAAACGCGUCACAAAAUGGCGGUUCACUAAAAUGGAAGUCGACUUCUCAGAGGGCGCUACCAUCACACUUGAAAUUAAAAAACUACAAAAUAAUUAAUUAAUCAAUUAAAACUACAAAUAAUAAUUUUUUUAAUCAGGGUAUGACUCAUUAAAAUACAAUUUUUCUGUUCUUUCAUUACGUGCUUUGUUAUCUAUAAUAGCUGAACGAUCAAAUAUACAAAGAGUGCGAGAUGUGCAUGUGUGAAUGUGUGAAAAUGUGUAUAUGCGUGGAAAAUACAAGAUGACGAUUAAUGAUACGGAUAUGACGCGAAAUAUACGACUGUGGGUUGUUUAAAAAUGGUUUGCUAGCGUGAUGGAUACGUUGAUUCAUAUUAUUUGUUACAAUAAAUUUCAUUCAAAGCAAUUUUAUGUUUA